AAGAAAUAACUAUUCCAAGUACUGUUCCGCUAUCACGCAAAAAACAAUCCUCUAUACUUAAUUUAAUAGUGCAAUUUGGCUGUUCAAAAACUUCACUCUUAUAAUAUAUCUUUGCACAAUGUCUCAAAGCGAAAAAAACGAUUACAUUAAAUUCCGUUCCCUGCCUAAAAGUUUCAUGACAAUUUGCGGACUGUGGUAUUACGAAAAUUCGAGCUUAUUUUAUCGAAUUAUACCUUACAAACAAAUUGCGAUUUGCGCUACUAUCGCAUUUGGUAUGCUGAAAUAUAUCUACGAGAAUCAUUCAAAUUUGGCUAUUGUCAUAAAAUGCUUAAGCCUUGCAACGGGUUAUUUAUUUGUUAUAUUCAAGGUAAUGUGCUUUACACUUAACAAAGAAGAUCUGAAUAAUCUCCAAAAAGCUCUCGAUCCUUAUUUGGAAGAAACGUUGAAGGGUUUCAAAAUAUCAAAAUUUAUUUUGAAAAAUGUCAGUAUUUUUAAAUACAUAACAAAAGUUCAUACAGUGAUCAUUAUUUUUACAUCAUUAUUUUAUGUGUGUAUUCCACUGUUUUUGAUAUUUUACGUGAAUCAUCAUCACAUAAACGUGACUCAUUAUCCUGGAUUAUACCAGACAAGUUACCUUUGGGCCAGACCUGCAAAAGGACUCGGAUAUCAGAUUCAGUAUUUAUUUGAAGUGUUUGGUGCUUACACUUUGGCAGCAGUAACAAUAAGCGUAGAUACUGUAUUCAUGUUAUAUAUUUUCCAAAUUGUUGGACGCUUGCGCAAAAUUUCGUACAAUAUUUCGCUUUCUGGUGAAGAUAAAAAUUCAUUAUCAGACAGCGUCGAUCAUUAUGCGAAAUUAAUAAAAUACAUAGCUUUGCUCCAAAAAAUUUACGGCCCGAUAGCCCUCAUUACGGUGGUCACUAAUGCUCUUAUUAUUUGUACAGUAUUAUUCCAACUGUCACACGCUACUUUUACUGUUUCUGGAAAAUCUAUCAUUCAAUUAUUAGCGUUCUCUAUGCACUUGUCACUGAAAACUCUUCAGACAUUUUUGUACUCAUGGAGCGGUUCAGUCUUAAUAGAAGAGAGUGAAAAGUGUCAAUAUGCAGUGUAUACUUCCAAUUGGUAUGGAAAUAAAAAAUUAAUGACUUCAAUUGUCAUCAUACUUUCACAACGACCUUUAGUUUUGACAGCGUGCAAUUUUUCAAUUAUCAAUGUUAAGGUAUUAAACACGUCGCUUUCGUAUUUUUUUCUACUGCAAACUGUUGAGGAAAAUAAUUCAAAUUCAAAACUAAAAUGUAUGUCGACAUAUCGAGAAGAUUUAAAGGAGUUGCACAAUUACCUUGACUCUUCCUUCACUGCGUUGCUUGAAAAUUCAAAACUAACAAAACCUAUUUUGGAAAAAGUUCAAAUUUUUACAAACUUAUCAAUUGUUUUUACUCAUUAUAAACUCACGGGAGUAAAGUAUCCCUUGAUUUACCCGAGUAGUUAUCCUUGGGAAGUGCCACCAAGUGGAUUUUACUAUCAACUUCACUUUUUAUUUGAAUUACUCGCAUCAUGGACAUUGCUUCUUGUCACUACGGGUAUCGAUUCCUUAUUUACCCUUUAUAUUUUUAUGAUGAUUGGCCAAUUGCGUGAAAUGUCCUAUUCUAUGACACACAUUGAUGAUAAUCAGGACAAAGAUCUUGUGAUCCGUAAGUGUAUUGACCAGUAUGAGAAUUUAUUAAGAGCUAAAGUAAUAAUUGAAACCCUUUUUGGGCCCGUAAUUUUGUGGAUCAUCGGAACAAACGCAAUUGUACUAUGCACGCUACUGUUCCAAAUAACGCAGAUGAAAAGUAUAUCGAUGCUACGAGGAGUGUUAUUCACCACAUACUUUACAUUGAAGAUUGUCCAAACUUUUAUGUACGCUUGGAGCGGUUCUUGUUUAACUGAAGAGAGUGAGAAAUAUCGUUAUGCGGUUUACGCAUCUAAUUGGUACGGAGACAAGCGUCUUAUUACUACUGCAAUUAUUACGAUGGCUCAAAAACCAUUGACGCUGACUGCUUGCAACUUUGGCGUGGUUUCAGUUGAUAUUUUUGUUAUGAUGACUGAUAAUAAUGUAUCUGAUUAUAUUACGUACCGCAAAGUUACUAAAAACCUUAUGACCAUUAUCGGACUUUGGCCGUAUGAAAAUCCAAGUUUCUUCUAUCAACUAGUGCCAUACAUUCAAAUAUUAUUAAGUUUGGGAAUGGGUUUAGGGAUUUUUGGUUUUGUGCUUGACCAUUUUUCUAAUAUUGGUCUGGUAACUCGCGGAUUGAGUGUUAUGACUAGCUUCAUUACAAUUAUCUUGAAGGUCGUUUGUUUAGUGAUGAACCAAAAAGAACUAGUAGAACUGCAUACGAAUCUUGACCCGUAUUUUGACAAACUAUUGACGAAUUCAAAACUUACCAAAAUUGUGCUGAAAAAAGUUAAAGUUUACAAAUUUUUAUCAUGGUCAUUGGCGUUUUGUGUUUUUACUUGUCUGGCAGCGUACAUUAUUGGCCCAUCACGAGAUGCACCUGGCUUCUACACAUACUUUUGUUUUCUGAAAAGUAUUCUUUUGUGCCAUAUUCACUGCAAUUUCCCCUCUACAUUUUAUUGCUUCUCCAGCAGUUUAACUUACAACUCGUUCUAUACUUUUCUUUUCCUUCUCUUCUUUUCGUUAUUUCUUGUUCAAACCACCAACGAAAUGUUCAAAAAAAAGAUAUCUAGUUACUUCAUAUUCCGCAAAAUCAUAAAAGGACCAUUGAUGGCCUUAGGUUUUUGGCCGAGUGAGAAUCCCUCGUUACCCUAUCGCCUAUUAUCUUACAUACAGUUACCGCUAAACUUCGGAAUGUUUCUCGCGAUAUUCAAUUUCGUCCGGUUGUACGCCCAUAACAUGGCACUUCUAACAAAAAGCUUCGGUGUUAUGACCACUUAUCUGUCAACGACUCUCAAGAUAACAUGCUUUUUGAUAAAUCGUAAAGAAGCGUUAGAACUUCAUCGUACUUUAGACCCACAUUUUACAAAAUUAGCCCAAGAACGUCAGAUGAAAAAAAUUAUUUUCAAAAAAUUCACGUCGUUGAAACUAAUAACCUGGUUGUUUUUCUUCUGCGUCUUUAUUACCUUAUCGGCAAUGAUUGUCACGCCACUGAUAGAUAUUGCAAUGCAGCAUCAUAAACCUGGAAAAAGCAUUAAAUAUCCGUUGAUAUACCCGAGCAAAUAUCCAUGGCAAACAUCCUCAAAUGGAUGGGCAUACAAACUGACGUAUCUUUUCGAAUCGCUGGCGACAACAUCUCUCUUUUGUAUAACAUCGAGCAUCGAUUCGUUGUUUUUGUUUUAUAUUUUCCAAAUAAUUGGACAAUUGAGGGAAAUGGGUUACUGUAUAACCCACACAGAUGGGCACCAUGAAGAAGGUAAAGAUUUUGUUAUACGCAAAGCAGUGUAUCAAUAUCAGACGUUGAUCAGAGCAAAGAAAAUAAUUGAGAAAAUUUAUGGUCCAAUAAUUUUAUGGAUAAUGUGCACAAAUGCAGUAAUAAUGUGUGUCUUCAUUUUUCAAUUCAUGCAGAUGAAAAAUUUACCGGUUGUGAGAUUGAUGAUCAUUUUUACGUACAUUCUGUCAAAAGUGCUACAAACGUUUAUUUACGCUUGGAGUGGCACCUGUUUGACGGCGGAGAGCGAAGAUUACAGAAGAGCUGUAUACAAUAUCGAUUGGUGUGGAAAUAAAAAGAUUAUGAGCUCGAUCAUAAUAAUGAUGGCGCAAAAACCGAUGAUUGUUACUGCUCUUAAUUUCUCCACUGUCACUGUUGAUAUUUUUAUUAUGGUUAUGAAAACAACUAUUUCAUAUUUUUUCCUUCUUCAAACUCUCGAAGAAAAAUAA